CAGUCUCCUAAUCCAGAAACCUGGGUAUAUAAGUUCUGUUUCUUGUCAUUUCCAGCCUUGCCUUUUACUAUCCCCGUCGACGACGCAUAGAGAAUUUACCCCCUCAGGAUGCUCGCGAAUGCCGCUUGAUUAUCGCCUGCAAAGAUCGCCCAAACCAGCUCACCCUGCUCCAGUCGAGGGCACUACCCAACGCGAAUCGACAGCGUGCAUUUGGGAUAUCCAAUGCAUUCACUAGCACAGAUAAGGUCUACGUGGGGAACUUUGUCCGUGAAGCAAGGCAUCUCAUCAACCUUGGAGAUAACGAAUGGAUUCGACUCUCUGGUAUUCUUCGCCUCGCGGCACGAGACUGGGUGGGAGGACACUCUGGGAGGAUUCGCGUCAAAAGCAUGGCACAGGCUCUGUCUCUACGAGCAGCCCUUGUGGUUCUUUGUAAAGACGUUCACAACCAUGGGGUAAGUGAAACAGACCUUGUUAACCUCGCAGAAGCCAUCAACCGGGCAUGGAUAGAGUCAAAGGACGAACAAACCACUCUCGAGCUCAAGGACAACCGUGACCUCCAGAGAGCUCUCUCUGCCGUCUUCCCGGAACACGACUUUAGCAAUCGCCAACUGAAUCCCUUGAACAAGAUAAUCCCCGGUUUCGAAACCCUGUGGCGCAUCGUUCUGAUGACCUUCCUCGAGGUCGGUUUCAAGGCCGGCCGACAACAUCCAGAGUGGCGAGAGGCACUGGUUGCAUUUGCGAAGAUUCCCGGUAAGGUGCAGUUCGAAACUGCAGAACCAGUCUCGGUCCAGUUUCUUGUUAACGAGGCUCUUCGCCUGCAUCCUCCCACGAAACGAAUCUACCGUGCAUACAAAGCAACCGCGUUGGAUGAGCAUACCAGAAUAACUUCUGCAAAUAUUGAGGCUUGUCAUACGGCGCCUGCGACAUGGGGACCAACCGCAAUGACAUUCGAUCCCCUGAGAUGGACCCAUUCAACGCAGGAACAAAAUUGGCUUUUGGGCCUAGAAUCAUAG